AUGUCGGCGGUUUUUUCUGCUCCUCUCAAUGGCUCGAAAACUCGCUUCUCCCGACCACACGGUCAAGCGCCCAAAUCCCAAACCAACAAUUCCUCAAAUCAACUCAACUCCUAUCCCACACCAGCAUCUGGCGGCAAAUGGAAGCGAUCCAUCGAUGAAGUUGGUAUGGAUACUAAACCAAAUUUCGGAGCUUCAACAGAUGGUUCUGAACCACUCGCAAAGGAAUCACGAGUUGGCUCUCCAAAAAAUGUCCAAGUAUGCAAUGCUAGCGAAGGUCGCAAGAGAUAUCUUGGAGAAAAAGCCGCAACAAUAGAGAUGCCAACUACCGAAGCUGCUGAAUUGUCCCCAAAGUUUCUCUUCGAUGAUCGUAUCCUUGUUUUGCAAAUGUGUCUUCCAUGUCGUAUCAAGAGUCGUUCUCUGGAAAUGCAAGCUGUUGAUGGUGAAAACCAACAAUUGGUGAUCAACCUCUGCUCCAUUUGCCGUUCUACCUUCAAGUGUCAACUCGGUGUGAAGUUUUUCCGUCACGAACUGCCAUGCUUCAAGCGCCAACUCGACAAGGAGACUGAGAAGAUUCAAAUCGUCAAGAAGGAUUUAAAAAAAUUUGUCUUGUAA